AUGUCCGAUUCGAGCGAACCCAAGCGCAAGUCGCGUCAUGUAAAAAUCAGCCAUUAUGUCGAAGAACGCGACCGCUCCCCUUCUUUUGCCACCGAUGACGAUUGGCGCUCGUCGCGUUCUCGUUCAGUACCCAAGUCUAAUAUAGUUAUCCACCGUCUGCCUUACCGUUCGGUCCCUUCGACAUCUCGAGUAGACAGAGAGGUCAACGACCCCCCAAGAGAUUACAGCUCAGUCCCCAGCUACCGGGGUCGUGGGCCAUAUUCCCGAUUCAAUGACGGCGACGAUGAGAAGGCCUAUGACGGCAGAAAUCUUCGUCGAUUUGGGAAUUCAAGGGAAGAUCCAGAGAUUGACGAUCAAUUGAGGUCUCGUAGGAGGUCUCGGCGACGUGAAAACUCCUUCAGAGACGAUGACUUUUUGUCUGAAAGAGGUGGAGAUCGGUCCUACUCGCGGCCUAGAGCCGGGUAUGAAUGGUAUGACUCCAAGUCGUCGAAAUCCGAACCGUUGUACUACCCAUCCCCGCCAAGGGAGAGUGUACUCAAGCGAGUGUGGAGUCCACCUCCACCUCCACCCCCAAGAGACCACCGUGCCUAUUCAGACUGGGAAGAAGAUGUUCAAAAGAAAGAGCGUGAACGAUUCGAAGCUGGGAGCGCCCCAACAGGUAGACGCCGAAGACGUAAUCGAAGUAGCUCUCCGAAUCGCAAGACGGGCACCGCCAUCUUGGAAUAUGUCUUGGAUUAUGGCGACCCCUCGGCCAACUCUAGGCGCAGGUCCCGAUCGCCAUUGUACCCUGAUCUAGCGUCUCGCUAUCGGAGGUCCCGAUUGUCAUCGUACCCUGAUCUAGCGUCUCGCCAGCGGCGAACCUCGGAUCCAGUCGACUACGCGGACACCAUCAAUGUUGGACUAGAUGGAACAGACUCUGAGGAUAGUCUUGAUUUCUCCCUUCCCCAAAACCUUGACGACAAUGCCGAGGAUGAUGGAUCCUAUGACAAUGAAUCAGGUUCUGUAGGUAAGCCAGCCACUCUGGGUACGAACGCACCUCCAAGCAUCUACCAGGAUCGGAAGCUGGUGUAUGGGAUUGUCCAUUCAAAAACUCCCCCGAACAACUUCAGUGUGGGCCUUGAGAAUGCCUCGCUCGUUGCGGAGCAAAUUCUUAGCGAUUCAGAUGUGUCGAGUCCGUCGCCUCUGUAUGUCUGGAUCCACAUUGAGGCGUCCCUCAUGAGCCUCUCCGAGUUCAUCAAGGCAGCACUCCAAGCCCCAUCUUUAGAUGACGACGAUAGAAGUCUCAUAACGGAGUCUUUAGAGCAUGUCCGUACGAACGAGCAGGCCCUUCGAACAGCAAAUGGCGUAGCGGGACGGCAUCUCCCGAAUCUGUCUUACCGCGGGAUACAACGAAAGCACACCUCUCCUGGGGAAAAAGAAAAAUCAGUUUAUAUAAACUGUUUUCCAUACUUCUCCCUGGAAAGAUAUGCAGCUGUAGCGUUGCCUGAUAAUGCAGCUUUGCAUACAGGCCUGCCGCUCCUCCAGACCCUCUACUCCUCCGCAAGAAAGGACCGUGAUCUCCAACAGGCGAUUUGCAAACUGCCAGACACCCGCAAAGGAAGUUGCUUCCAUGUAUCCCAGAUAUGGAGCAUGGUACUUGACGACCGGCUACUCAUCACCUGCUCUCGACAUUCUAUCCGUGAUAUCUCCAGUGAGAGCUUCAGUCUCACAACUCGGCCAGAGACAGAGUCUUCAGUGCGAGACUACAUCGAAGUGUCAGACGAUGGAAGACAUGUCUGGCUCUUGCCUCUUUCAAGGUGCCAAACUUGGCUAGCUUUCACCGCUCACUUCCGACAUUUGCUAGAUGACGGGGAAGAGUUCGAGUACACUUUGACCGUCAAGUUGCUCGGAGUGUCAAUCGAAGCUAAAGAUUGGCCCAGUGUCGUGGCGGAAAGCCGGUCGAGCCCUCUUAGGCUUGUCCUGAGCAGAAGCAAUCUGCGACAACCUUUUAUGCCAUCGGAUUACGAUAGUGAUGAUGGCCCUCUCGUCGAAGAGUCUGAUACAGAAGCAGCGGCUCAGGCGUCCCUAAGGAGCGAUGAACGCACGACAGCAGCCGGCGCGGUCCCCACAAGCCAGUCCAGGGCACCUAGUCGAUACGGACGAGAGUCGGAUUCCCUACCUGGACUCGCAUCCGACUUUCACCUCUUCCGGUGGCUUAACGUUUCAAAACUGAAUCGUUCUGAUAAGGGGGAUUGGCCCGGGGUACCAAACAGUGCGAAACCUCUUUCGGAACAGAGUAUGCCCUCGGAAAACAUCUCCAUCUGCCUCUCAGAGGCGCAUAAGUUUCUUCUGGAUCGGAAGAAGGACAUUGGCCACCUAAGCUACGCGGCUACACCUGAGAUGAGGCUCUCAGAUGUCUAUACGUUGCUGAAGGAUCUACGACCAAGAGAAAAUGCCGGGAGACAGGUCCCUAUCUAUCCGAAGAUAGAACAAGCUGUGAAUGCAGCCGAGGAGAUAUUGCAGUUCUUCGUACCUCUGGACACUGACGCCCCAAUCAUCCGCCGGUAUUGGGGGGCGAUCGGCCACGUAACUCUAGCAAGCUCGACUGAAUUUAACAAGAAUAACCGACCAUAUCGACUGCGGAUACUGGCCUUCAGACUGACCCAGGCAAGGUCUUUGUUUUCGGACAGCAAAUGCCCAGCCCCAGGCGGGCUGAAGAUUCCUGACGAGUGGCAGCGUCUGUUUCUUCAUGUGUUGCUCUAUCUCAUCUCCGUGAAAGCAGAUGCAGGGGCCGCAGAAUAUACCCAUUUCAUCAAAUGCCAGGACCUCCUCGCGGAAGGGAAACGAUCGCUGCUACGGACUUUGGCUCCACAAACUCUCGGUGACUUUGAAGCGACUAUGCCUCCUGCGCUACAGACUCUUAUCGCUGCUCGCUUGGUUCGAGACAUCUCUCCCCGGGACAUGCUCGACGUCUACUGGGAGUAUUUCAGAACACUUGAGCUCGAAAUACAAGGUGAUCCCUUGAAACGUGCACAUCAGAACAGAAUCACCUUCUUCAAUCAGGAAGUUGCCGCCGUCCUAUCCACCCUCGAGGACCAAGAACGUGUCCUUCGGGGCAUCGAGAUGCAGAUCUUACAACAAGACGCUCACAGCAACCUUCCACUCUGCGGAAUCAAGUCUCCUGAGCCGUUCGACCUCCCAGUUAUCAAAGACGCCAUCGCGCUCGUCGCCAUGCGCCUCCACAGCUUCAAGGAGCUGACCAUGCGUGCAUCGGACCUGUCGUCCUGGAACUUACGCAUGAUCGAAUCCAACAAAGACCGCCAAGACGCCGCCAUUUACUCAUUUACCGUCGUCACCGUCAUCUUUCUCCCACUCUCCUUCGUCGCAGGGUUCCUCGGAAUGAACACAUCCGACGUUCGCGACAUGCCCCAGCGCCAGUGGGUGUUUUGGUCCGCCGGUGUGCCGUUGACCCUACUCAUCGUCAUUAUCUCGCUCUGGUGGGCUGGAGAGUUGGAUAAUGUAUGGAAGACCAUCACCCGGCCAUUUGGAGCGGUCAAACGGACCAUUGGGGACGUAGGACGUGUUGGUCUGUCUCGGACGCCGGCAGUGGACACGAAAUCCCCCGAGCCGUUUGUGCCAUAUUCAUUCAAACGGAGCGGAACGGGCUUGAGUAGACGCUCUACCGGGAUCUCACAGCGCUAUUAUUAA